UAUGUGUCCGACCUCAAACACGUGAAUGAACGCUUGAGGUUAGUUAGUGUAGAGGUGAGUGUCAGUGAGUUGACUUGUAAAAGCAUAAAACACAGAACUACAGUGAGUUGGUGUUUGUAAAAUCGCAGUUAGACUAUUUUAACGACAGUCUACUGUAACGUCUCAGUGUUGUGUUCACGGAGAGACCAUGCACUCAUGCACGCGCUACCUCAUCUUCUUUCAGUACAUUGGAACUAAAUACAGUGGUGCAGCCAAAGUACAUCAGCAGCACAAAACAGGGGUCCUAGACCAUUUGGAGGAUGCAGUGAGGAAACUGAAGCCCCUCAACCCUGUGUCUCUGACCAUCUCCAGCCGGACAGACUCGGGUGUCCAUGCCCUCUCUAACUCCGCCCACUUUGACAUUCAGCGCACAAACAACAAGCCGCCAUUCACUGAAGACAUUCUUGUUGAGGCCCUGAAUUACCACCUCGAAACCGAACAGAUACGGAUAACCCAUGCCCACCGUGUGCCUGAUAACUUCCAUGCCCGUUUCCGUGCCAUCUCUCGAACCUACGUCUACCGGAUAGCCCUGGGACUCUCUCGUCCCUGCCUCCUUCCCCUCACUGAUCACAAGCUGUGCUGGAGCCUCCGCAACACGGAGCUGAAUAUGGGAGCCAUGCGAGCAGCUGCUUCUCUGCUGGUCGGGACUCACAACUUCAGCAGCUUCAGAGUGGCCAACUCCGAAAUGCCUUUUAAAAACCCUGUCAAGACGCUGGAAGUGGCCGACAUACGGCCGGGAUGCUCCUUCUCUCACGCACACUUCCACAGGGACAUUCCGAUGUGGGAGUUGACGUUUAGGAGCAGAUCUUUUCUCUACAGGCAGGUGCGGAGGAUGACGGGGGCCCUGGUGGCAGUCGGUCGGGGACAGCUCUCAGUGACCCAGCUCAAGGACCUGCUGGAGGCUCAGGACCCUUUAGCUUACCAACCGGGUAUGGCUGCUCCAGCUCACGGCCUCUUCCUCACCAGAGUAGACUACAGAGAUGCAGAUAUGCAGCUUUCACAACAAACUGGUAACUCAGAGGAUUAAACCAACAAUAUUUAUGAAAUGACUGUAAUAAUCCUUUGUUAUAUAUUUGUAUCACAGCAGCUUCCUUGUGAGUCAGUCGAUGGUUCUUUUAUAUAAAAUCCUUUUCCACACAAAUAAGCUCCACACCACAGAAGUACGUCUAUAUGUUCUUUUUUAAUUCAACAUUAUGAAGAUACAACUGUCCAAGAAUGCAGCUCAGCUACAGAUAACCACACACACACAACCCUCAGGUUACAAUAGACAACUUGCUUUAAGCCUGGUUAGGCAGUUUUGACUCCUACAUAUGUGUGUUUGUGUAUUUAUGUAUGUGAACUGGAUGUUGUAGGUUCUCACAUUUAUCAAAGUAUACGUGUGGAGUGUUAAGUUCUUCCCUGUGUCCAUGGCUUUCGUACAGUGGCAUUUUCAUUACAUAUCAACAAAUAUGAGCAUGCACACUCACACACGCUCAUAUUUCAUGUUUACAUCCAAAUGUCCAAAUAAAACGGCAUACGCCGCUUUCCACACUC